AUGCUGCCGACGCCGGCAUCUUCCACCGAGAUUAAAGGUCAGGAUCAUUCUCAUCAACUCUCCACUCUGCAAAUGUCCUUUGAGCUGCCCCCGUCAGCUAUAGGUCCAAAUGCAAAGUCCCAGCAACAGAACUCCGGGGCUAAGACGUCGCCCGUGUCGCCAUCUACCAAGACGACUUACCCGGUUCAGCCGAGCGAAACGGUCAAGUCGAGAAGACGCUCAUCUACCGUACAGAAAGAGGCGUUUGCUUUACCCCCUCCGCCAACAAGAUCCCGUAGGAUUAUUCAGAUGAAACCACGUCCCCAAGAAGAGCCGGGUGAACAAUCCACCGCAGAUAAAGCAGCCUCUACCACCAACGGCAAAGGUGCUGCCGGUGCCGGGUCUAAAAAGAAGCUGCCAUCAGCAACUAGCGCCGCAGGGAGAAAGAUGGCUAGGAAGACAGCACAUAGCUUGAUUGAACGACGUCGGAGGUCUAAGAUGAAUGAAGAGUUUGCUGUGCUUAAAGGUUUGAUACCUGCUUGUACCGGCGAGAUGCACAAGCUGGCUAUCCUUCAGGCUUCUAUUGAGUAUGUGCGAUAUCUUGAAGACUGCAUCACCAAGCUGAAGGAGCAACGCGACGACCAAUCUGCGACGCCAGCUCCGGCCCAGUUUAAGCUCACUCCGUCAAACGACGUUGACGCAUAUGAUAUGGACGAGGAAAAGGAUGAUGAGUGCCAAGAUGAUGUUGAGAUGACGGGAUCGGAGGCGCCGUCACCUGUUUAUGCGCAGACUCCUGCUCGCUCUAAUCAAUCGUCUAUAUCGCCGGCGCUAGUAGCACAAGAUACGCCGAGCAGACAUCAUUCCUAUUCGUCGAUCUCCACCGAGUAUCGCCACUACAGUUACAGUGGGCCGUCCAAUACCUCUCCAGGGUUUGGGUCUCAAGGGUAUCCACAACAUAUGGGGACCACAUCUACGUCACAAUCCACGCUUACUAGCCCGGCUUUGAGACCGCAGCAGGAGAUUGAUCAGGAGGCAUCUGCAGCGCUCCUGAUGCUCAACGUGGAUCGAAGAGGAACUACUAGCAGCGGCCCGGGACGAGGUAUGAGUGUCAGGGAUCUGCUUAUUUCAUAA